AUGGAUGAUUUCGAUGCUGCUGCAAGCAUGUGGGCUGAAUUGGAUGGCUACGGUUUGAUUGGAAAGAAACUAGCGGUCUUCAGCAGAAACGAUGCAGAAUCCAUUGCAAAUCAACUCUGUCGCAAGCUGGGUAUCAUUUGUGAGAUUUCUCACGUUGAUCUGGUAGGGACCUGGAUAGAGGAUGCCAGGCGAGCCGAGCCGUUGGCGAAGCGCUUGAGAGGUGACCUGGAACAAGAUCCCUUGCAUUCAGUAUUGGUUGAUGAACGUAGGAGUUUUUCUGGACAGAGUAGUAGUGGAUACGGAGGAAAAGCUGAAAUGGUAGUGGUUGAAGAGUUUGGAUCGAGACCAUCCAGAAGAAAGCCGCAUACAGAGGAAGAGCAGCAUGCACGUAAGCAUAAGGAGGCACAGCAGAAGGAGUUCUGGUCGAGAGAGUUGUAUCUGGAACUUAAGAAGUUUGAUGCACCUGCCCUGGAACACCUAGAACAUUGUGUGAGUGACCGUCAUCUCCAUAUGGCUUUGGCUGGGCGUACAAGGUACAACACACUCAAGAGAUAUGUCAAAACAUGGAUGGCAUUCAUGCAGUGGCUUACAGCGGUGAAGGGGGCGCUGGAAUAUCCAGUGCCAGGCGACUUGGUGGAGUACCUUUUUGCAAGGUAUGACGAGCCAUGUGGACCCACUGUCCCGGGCCUGGUGGUGAAAGCGAUCACCUGGAUGGAGCGCAUUGCAUGUUUGGACAUGAGGAUGCGUGUGGGUGAGUCACAAGUGGUGGCAUCAGUGCGUGAUUACAUAGUGGAGAUGUUGUCGAAGGAUGCACCCCCGACAAAAAGAGCGCCGAGAUACCCAGCGGUCUUCUUGGAGGCAUUUGAGGCCAUGGUGGAUAACGAGGCCUUAUUGCUGGGCAUCAGACUUAUUGCCUGGCUGAAAUUGGUCAAGCUAUGGGCAUCACUGCGUAGGGAUGAUAUACAGAAGAUCAUCCCCAAAGAGCUCAAGUACUAUGGGGGGCGCAUGACAACAAUCCUGCGUACGACCAAAACAACAGGACCAACUAAGAGAAUACAAGAACUGCCGGUCUGCGUAUCUGAGCAUUCAUUUGUGGUGAGCCCUUUUUGGUUGAAAACUGGCUUUGACUUGUUCAAGGAACAUGCAAGUUUUGAGAGGGACUAUCUGCUACCGAAGUUGAACAAGGAAUGGUCUGGUUUCCGUAGGGUCAUGGCUACAUACAAUGAUAUUUCCUCAUACUCUGCAGUGGUGCGCAAGACCGCCAAAAGGCCGGGGACUCAAGAACCUUUGAUUGACCCAGCACUGGCUGGUUUCUGGACGGAACAUUCAGAGAGAGCAACAUUGCCCACAGGUCUUGCACUGCUUAGGGUGGCUAAGGAGGAACGAGACAUGCUAGGUAGGUGGAAGCCGGAUGGUUCAGAUACUUACAUACGCAUGUACAAUGGAGUGGUGUCCCGACUGCAACAACAAUUUGCCAGGGCCUUAUGCAGUGGCAAUCGUACAGCACUCUUGGAUGAGAGAGACAUCAUAGAAAGUGCAAACUCUUGGCUGGCAGAUAGAUGUGAUCCCAUUCCAUAUGAUCAGUUACAGGUGAUGCUUGCACACUUGGAGGAUUCACUUCAGUGCAAGGUGCAACCUGGUUGGAGGACAGCCGAAGAUGACGAUGUAGCAGAAGAACCUGUAGGACUCCCCAUGGAGUUAGGUGAUGCGCGGGCUGUAGAGAGCAAAACAAACAUUGAGAAGGUAUGUUGGCCAAAGUCCAGCGUGAAGGAGGCCAUUGAGGACUCCUCCUCUUCUUCAUCGACGUCCAGCUCAGGUAGUGUCUCGAGCUCGGAGGACCAGGAAGCACUGAGAAAGGGUGGAGCUGACCUUAGGUUCACCUUGUCAAGGAAUGAUGUGGACGAUGAUCUGCAAGCAGCAUUUUUCACCAAUGGUAUCACAACAAUUCAGAAGUUCUCUUCUUUCUUCCGUUCUGAAGAUGAUCUGAUAGAGGUUAUGAGGGAUUCGUUUGCAACAGAUGCAGCAAAUGGUUUGGAAGCACGAGCGCAACUGGCUUCAGUGAUAUGCGCCUGGCGGGAGACUCAGACGAAACAGAAACGCCAAGCAGAAGUUGAAGCAGAGAUGGAUACACGUGAAUGGACGAAGCCGAUUCCAACUGGUGACUACAUCAACUUACGAAAUGCCUUCAUGAGGGCCCAUGGGAAGAUUGAGGAUAAGGUAACAGCUUCAAAGGAAUACAUGGAGAAAAAGUUGCAAGAGCUUGAGAACGGUGAAUUCCGUGCGGAAUUGCUGUCAGAGGUGGUUUCUAAGGAUGAGGUGGACCCGGACAUCAUGGUGCCGAUCUUUGAUUCAAAGGGGGCUUUGUCAGUUAAAAAGGGUUCAACAACGGUGGCACUUCCAACAGGUCCUGAACAACUUAGGCGUCGGCUGUCAGUAAUGUUGCAUUGCAUCUUGAUGUUAGCCCUGAAGCAUACCAAUCGUGAAGAGAUCCAGGACAUGAGUCGUGACACUAUGGAACGACAUAAGGACUACAUCCUGGGUGACUACGUCUGGGGCUUGUUUUGCGUUAGCUUGCUAAUGCUGGUUUAUAGUAAGAAGGAAAGCGAAGGCAUGAGCGGCUUUCUAACUCAAUGUACAACUUCGCCCUCACGCGUAAAUAUGCCUUACGUAAGUUUAUGUUUUGUGCUCAAUUUACACUUCCGUUUGUGGACUGUCAGGUUUGCAAUGUUGCCUUUUGUAAACAAGUGUUUACCAACAAACAUAUGA